UUAUUCUCACCACACACACUCACUUAAGCUCCUCUUCAGAAACUAUUAAGGCCCAUUGUUCCCAUUUCUUCUGUGUGUUUUCUUUCUCCUUCUCUUGCCAUUUUCCCUUCUCAGGAGGAAACCCAGAGAGAGCUUCAGAAGCAUAGAAUAAAGUGCAGCCAUAAGGAGGGAGGAGGAGGAGGAGGAGGAAAGAGGGCAUAUAUUGUUGCCCCUUUCUCUGGGGGGUUUACUUCUUAUGUUCCAAUGAUGGGUAAAAAAAGGGCUGAUUUUGUAAUGUGGGAUGUGGUUCUGGUGUUAUUGGGUCUCUGGGUUUUUACGGUCAGAGCCUCUGUGAGCUAUGAUUCGAGAGCCAUCACAAUUAAUGGGCACAGGAAAAUCCUCAUCUCUGGGUCCAUCCACUACCCCAGAAGCACCCCUGAGGUACAAACAUAUGUUCUCCCACAAAUAUGUGGCCAGAUCUCAUUCAGAAGGCAAAAGAAGGUGGCCUAGACGUGAUUCAGACUUAUGUCUUCUGGAAUGGGCAUGAACCUUCACCUGGCAAAUACAAUUUUGAGGAUAAUUAUGAUCUGGUAAGAUUUGUUAAGCUGGUGAAGCAAGCAGGCCUCUAUGUCCAUCUCAGGGUUGGCCCUUAUGUCUGUGCUGAGUGGAAUUUUGGUGGAUUCCCUGUUUGGCUGAAAUACAUCCCUGGGAUCAGCUUUAGAACCGAUAAUGGACCGUUCAAGUACUACAUGCAAAAAUUCACAACCAAGAUAGUCAACAUGAUGAAAGCAGAAAGGUUAUUUGAGUCUCAAGGGGGUCCAAUAAUUCUUUCCCAGAUUGAGAAUGAAUAUGGACCCAUGGAGUAUGAACUGGGCUCCGCUGGUAAAGCUUACACAAAUUGGGCGGCAAAAAUGGCUGUGGGCCUAGGCACUGGUGUCCCGUGGGUUAUGUGCAAGCAAGACGAUGCCCCUGAUCCCGUUAUCAACACCUGCAAUGGGUUUUACUGCGAUUACUUCUCUCCUAACAAGGCUUACAAACCAAAGAUGUGGACUGAAGCUUGGACAGGAUGGUUUACUGAAUUUGGAGGUGCAGUUCCUAAUAGGCCAGCAGAAGAUUUGGCGUUUUCAGUUGCGAGGUUUAUACAGAAGGGAGGGUCUUUCGUCAAUUACUACAUGUAUCACGGGGGUACAAAUUUUGGCCGAACUGCUGGUGGACCCUUCAUUGCAACUAGCUACGACUAUGGUGCUCCCAUUGACGAAUAUGGACUUCUAAGGCAGCCCAAAUGGGGCCAUCUAAAGGAUCUGCAUAGAGCAAUAAAACUGUGCGAACCAGCUUUAGUGUCGGGGAACCCCACAGUGACACGACUGGGAAAUUAUGAAGAGGCUCAUGUAUUCAAGUCACGUGGAGCCUGUGCUGCCUUUCUUGCAAACUACAACCCGAGAUCUUUUGCUAAAGUCUCUUUUGGGAAUAUGCAUUACAACCUUCCUCCUUGGUCCAUCAGCAUACUUCCUGACUGCAAGAACACAGUCUACAACACAGCUCGGGUGGGUGCACAAACUGCAAGGAUGAAGAUGACUCCUGUUCCUGUACACGGAGGAUUCUCAUGGCAAGCAUACAAUGAGGAGACAACUGCUUUUGAGGACAGUUCUUUCAUGAUGGUUGGGCUGUUGGAGCAGAUAAAUGCCACAAGAGAUGUUUCCGACUACUUGUGGUACAUGACAGAUGUCAACAUCAACUCCAAGGAAGCGUUCCUAAGAGGUGGAAAAUGGCCCGUUCUUUCUGUCCAAUCGGCGGGGCAUGCCUUGCAUGUUUUUGUUAACGGUCAACACUUAGGAAGUGCGUAUGGAAGUCUAGAGUUCCCCAAACUAACUUUCAGUGAAAGUGUAAACCUUAGACCCGGUGUCAACAAGAUCUCUCUCCUGAGUAUUGCUGUUGGUCUUCCGAAUGUGGGUCCCCAUUUUGAGCGAUGGAAUGCCGGUGUUCUUGGGCCCGUGACACUAUAUGGUCUGAAUGAAGGGAGGAGAGACCUGACGUGGCAAAAGUGGUCUUACAAGGUUGGGUUGAAGGGAGAAGCAUUGAGUCUUCAUUCUCUCAGUGGGAGCUCCUCAGUCGAGUGGGCACAGGGAUCUCUAGUGGCACGAAGGCAGCCCUUAACCUGGUACAAGACGGUUGUUAAUGCCCCAGCUGGCAACACGCCAUUGGCCCUGGACAUGGGGAGCAUGGGCAAAGGUCAAAUUUGGAUAAACGGGCAGAGCAUCGGUCGAUACUGGCCAGCAUAUAAAGCCUCUGGAAGUUGUGGUUGGUGUGAUUAUGCAGGAACAUACAGUGAGAAAAAGUGCUUGAGCAAUUGUGGGGAAGCGUCACAGAGAUGGUAUCAUGUUCCUCGUUCAUGGCUCAACCCAACAGGCAACUUGCUGGUUGUUUUCGAGGAGUGGGGUGGGGACCCGAACGGGAUUUCUCUUGUGAGGAGAGACAUAGACAGUGUUUGUGCAGACAUUUAUGAGUGGCAGCCCACUCUGAUAAACUAUGAGAUGCAGGCCUCAGGUAAAGUCAACAAGCCCCUGCAUCCCAAGGCCCACUUAUCAUGCUCCCCGGGGCAGAAGAUCUCCAAGGUUAAGUUUGCUAGCUUUGGGAUGCCCCAGGGGGCCUGCGGAAGUUUCCGUGAAGGAAGCUGUCAUGCAUUCCAUUCGUAUGAUGUCUUCCAAAAGAUUUGCGUUGGCCAGAACUCAUGCACCGUGCCCGUGACUCCAGAGAUAUUUGGCGGAGACCCAUGCCCAAGCGUAAUGAAGAAGCUCUCUGUUGAGGUCAUUUGCAGCUAAGAAAACAAACCACGAAAUUCCCACUUAUUGAAGAGCUAAGGCUUGAGAAAAACCAAGUUCCCUCUUUUACCAUCUCGGUAAUUUACUAGCUCGAAUCCGUUGUCCUUGGAGUCGUGCAGGGUUCAGCAUCUACAGAGGUGAAGUUGUACAAAAUUACACUAACACAGCACACACUCUUGUCCGCAUGAAGCCUCUCACUGAUUCUGAUGAUGGUGGAUUAUAGAUUGGGAUAUAUACAAACAAUUAUGUAUAUGUACAUAGAUAUGUUCUAGUCAUUCCUUAUCGUAUGAUGAGUUGAGGGAUUUGAUGUGAACAAAGCACAUUGAGACAGCCAACUGGAGUCCAUGUGCUCUGUGGGUUUUAGGAAAGCCUCUGAUUUCUUAAUCAUGUUCCCUAAGAAUCAAAUGUUCGAUUUGCUUAUGUUGUAUUGAAGAAUUGCUUCAGAUGGUAAUCAAAUGAAGCCAAUUGCUUCAUUUAUCUAAUGGCAUUUUCUGUUCAUGGAAA